UAAUUUAAAAAGCAGCCGCGGUCCUCGCAAACGAAAAUUCUGACCAUAACAAACGUGUAUCUAGAGAGUAAAGGAGCAACCAACAGCGUUAUCAUAUAGUUAGACCGAGGUAAAGUUGAGGCUAAAACUCGGAUAUCAACGGAACUGUUGCAUAUGCAAUGGACAACAUAAUCUUUGCAGAGCGCGAAAAUACAGGUCUUCAUCCACCUAAUCUGAAGAUGCGUCAGCGCCUUCAGUCUGUUCCAGAGAAACUCUUGUCUCCUAUGAGCGCCAAAACCUUCCACACUCCUCUGCCGUUUGGUCGGAGGGCUUUUGGUGCUGUCAACAAAAGAAUUGCAACCCCUGUUGUCGGCACACAAGAGACGUUAAAGCCACAGGAAACUAAAGUAAAAAAUGCUUCUCUGAUCAAAAUGGACGAAUACCCAGAAAUUGAGAAGUUCAUCCCAUAUGACCCACUUGAGUUUGAGAAGUACAGCACACCUGAGGAUUUGAUUCUUCUCGGUGACUUUGCGCUGCCUGGACUCGCACAUUUCCCACAAGCUCAUCUGUGUGAGGACGACCUGGACAUGUUGGACCCACUCCCAAACCAGUCGCCUGUAAAGAUGCCAACACGUUCAGAUCAUUGCUCAGAGCUGGACGCCUUUCUGCAAACACUCGAUGAGCUGACUGUUGAACUUCCUUCAGAGGAGUCUUUUACUGAAUAAAUGUUUUAUAUAUAUGUUUUUAUUAUGCCAUUUUUAGUGAAAUAAAGUUUGUAUUUAUCCGUC